CAAGAAAAUCUGACACGUCAAUCGGCUAAACAUCACUUGUUUUAUUUUUUGUUCCGUGUCUGAAUUCUUUGUGAAAAUUUCAAUUUUGAGUGAAAAAUCAUCAAAUAUUUCACAAUUUAUUCUUCUAUUUCACUUUAAUAUCAUCUAAACCAUCAUUCUUUCAAAGAAUUCCAAACAAAUAUCAUAAUGGCACUCGCCGAAGGACCAUGCUAUACAAUUAUCAAUUCGGCUGACUCGGAGCCAAUCAAUGAAAUGCAAUUGAAACAAGAUUUGGAAAAGGGCGAUGUUAAUUUAAAAAUUGAAACUUUAAAGAAAGUCAUCCAAUUGCUGUUGAAUGGGGAGCGACUUUCGGGUUUGCUUAUGACAAUAAUUCGAUUUGUUUUGCCACUGCAAAACCAUACUAUUAAAAAGCUGUUGUUGAUUUUCUGGGAGAUCGUUCCGAAAACUUCAUCCGAUGGAAAGCUCCUGCAGGAAAUGAUUCUUGUCUGUGAUGCAUACAGAAAGGAUCUUCAACAUCCCAACGAAUUCCUUCGCGGAUCAACUCUGCGGUUCUUGUGCAAACUCAAAGAACCCGAAUUAUUGGAGCCUCUUAUGCCUGCCAUUCGGGCUUGUCUAGAUCAUCGUCAUUCCUAUGUCCGACGCAAUGCUGUCCUGGCAAUCUUCACAAUUUACAAGAACUUUGACUGGCUUGUGCCCGAUGGUCCAGAAUUGGUUGCCAACUUCCUCGAUACUCAACAAGAUAUGCCAUGCAAGCGAAAUGCCUUCCUGAUGUUAUUGCAUGCAGACCAAGAACGUGCCUUGAACUAUUUGGCAUCCUGCAUUGAUCAGGUCAAUAAUUUCGGAGACAUUUUGCAAUUGGUCAUUGUAGAAUUGAUCUACAAAGUAUGCCAUGCCAAUCCAGCCGAACGUUCCCGAUUCAUUCGAUGCAUCUACAAUAUGUUAAAUUCGUCAUCAAACGCUGUGCGUUAUGAAGCUGCCGGAACUCUCAUUACUCUCUCAUCGGCACCUACAGCAAUUAAAGCUGCAGCUGGUUGCUAUAUAGAGUUGAUUGUUAAAGAAAGUGACAACAACGUCAAACUCAUAGUCUUGGAUCGUCUAAUUGCUAUGAAAGAACAUGAAAAUAUGGAAAAAGUAAUGCAAGAUUUGGUCAUGGACAUUUUGAGAGUAUUGGCUGCUCCAGAUAUUGAAGUUCGUCGAAAGACUUUGGGAUUAGCUAUGGAUUUGGUCUCGUCUCGGAAUAUUGCCGAAAUGGUUUUGGUAUUGAAAAAAGAAGUCUCCAAAACACACAAUAUCGAACAUGAAGAUACAGGCAAAUACCGACAACUCUUAGUUCGCACUCUGCAUAGUUGCUCCAUCAAAUUCCCAGAUGUGGCUGCAAAUGUUAUUCCAGUUCUUGUAGAAUUCUUAUCCGAUACUAAUGAAUUAGCCGCUGCCGAUGUACUCAUUUUUAUUCGCGAAGCCAUACAAAAGUUCCCUUCGUUGAGAAAUCUGAUUGUUGAAAAACUAAUUGAGGCAUUCCCUCAAAUUAAGUCUUCAAAAAUUCAUCGGGCUGCUGUAUGGAUUCUUGGGGAGUAUGUUGAUUCGAAGGGACAAAUUAAGGAGGUCAUUGAAGUCAUUACGCAGACUUUGGGUGAGAUUCCAAUGGUUGAAGCUGAACAAAAACGUUUGGCUGGCGAUCAGCCCGAGGAAGAAAAACCCGCCGAUGUACAAAAGGAGGCUCCGAAUAGUAAAGUUACUUCCGAUGGUACUUAUGCCACUCAAAGUGCCUUUAGUUUGGCUCCAAUUGUAAAGAAGGAAAAACGUCCACCACUACGGCAAUACUUAAUGGAUGGGGAUUUCUUCAUCGGAGGAUCGCUGUCAGCUACUUUGACGAAGUUGGCUCUACGUUUUAUUGAACUCGAAGGAGACAAGAUCGAACAGAACCGUCUUUGUGCUCAAGUUAUGCUCAUUAUGAGUUCUAUUUUACAUUUGGGCAAGUCUGGUUUCCCAACAAAAGCCAUUACAAACGACGACAUGGAUAGAAUCUUUAUUUGUUUGAAAACACUCAGCGAAAGAACUCCCGAAACGGUAGAGGUCUUCAAGCAUUAUUGUCGUGAUGCCCUUGGAAAAAUGUUGGAUGCUCAGCAUGAGGAAGAACAACGGAUUAUUAAAGAAAAACAAAAGGUCACAGCUAAGGUACAACCCGACGAUCCGGUUGUAUUUGCUCAGUUGUCCAAUGGUCGCGAUAAUCAGUUGGGUGAAAAUGUUUUCGAGUCGAGCUUGAAUCAAGCCCUGGCUGGCACAAAAUCAACCAAUCUAAGCGAUAUUACAUCGCCAAAUAAUAAAUUGAACAAGGUUACCCAGUUGACUGGUUUUUCGGAUCCUGUUUAUGCAGAGGCAUAUGUUAAUGUCAACCAAUACGAUAUUGUUUUGGAUGUGUUGAUUGUUAACCAGACAAAUGAUACCCUACAAAAUUGUACUCUCGAAUUGGCUACAUUGGGUGAUUUGAAGCUUGUGGAACGUCCCCAUCCAGUUGUUUUGGCUCCACAUGAUUUCUGUAAUAUUAAAGCAAACGUAAAAGUCUCAUCGACUGAAAAUGGAAUUAUCUUUGGAAAUAUUGUUUAUGACACUUCUAUCAAUACAAAUGUUGUGGUCUUGAAUACCAUCCACAUUGACAUAAUGGAUUACAUCAUUCCAGCCUCGUGCACAGAUACUGAAUUCCGUCAAAUGUGGCAAGAUUUUGAAUGGGAAAAUAAGGUUACUGUCAAUACAACAUUCACUGACCUGCAUGAGUAUUUGAAGCAUCUUCUCAAGAGCACCAACAUGAAAUGCUUGACUCCAGAGAAAGCUUUAUCUGGCCAAUGUGGAUUUAUGGCUGCCAAUAUGUAUGCAAGAUCAAUUUUUGGUGAAAGCGCUCUUGCCAAUUUAAGCAUUGAAAAACCAAUUGAUGCCGCAGAUUCCAAAGUUACCGGACACAUUCGUAUUCGAGCUAAGAGUCAAGGUAUGGCACUUAGUUUAGGCGAUAAAAUAAGUUCUUCACAAAAACAAUCGGUGCAAGCUGCAUAAAUUCAUGAUAAAUAUUUUUUUUUAAUAUAAAUAUAUAUGUAUAAUUUAAAAGUUUAUGUUAUUCAGU